CAGUGCUGAUUGGUUCCUUUCCUAGGGACUCUCCGACCCUACCCUGCGUGGAAGCUUCCUCAGGUUUUUAUUCUCUGAAGUGGCUACAUCGGAGUCAUCAGGUGGAGCUGGGUUCACUGCCAUUUCUUCUUCCUUUGUUCUCGAUUAUGUCUGGGGAGCCGGCUCUGCGGACCCCGGGAGGCCUGUGGACAGCAGCUGCGAUGGUGGCGCUGGUGGUGCUCGGUGCCCCAGUGGCUGAGGGCACAGACUCUCCAAAGGACAUCGUGCUCCAGUUCAAGGGCCAGUGCUACUACACCAACGGGACGCAGCGCAUGCGGGCUGUGGUCAGAUACAUCUACAACCGGGAGGAGUACGUGCGCUUCGACAGCGACGUGGGCAAGUACCUCGCGGUGACCGAGCACGGGCGGCCGUUCGCCGAGUACUGGAACGGGCAGAAGGACGUCCUGGAGCAGACGCGGGCCGAGGCGGACACGGUGUGCAGACACAACUACCCGAUGGAUGAAGCCAGGACCCUGCACCAGCGAGUGGAACCCACAGUGACCAUCUCCCCAGCCAAGACAGAGGCUCUAAACCACCACAACAUGCUGGUCUGCUCGGUGACGGGUUUCUACCCAGGCCAGGUCCAAGUUCGGUGGUUCCGGAACAACCAGGAGGAGACAGCUGGCGUCGUGUCCACCCCCCUCAUGAGGAAUGGGGACUGGACCUUCCAGAUCCUGGUGAUGCUGGAGAUGACCCCCCAGCGAGGAGACGUCUACACCUGCCACGUGGAGCACCCCAGCCUCCAGGGCCCCAUCACAGUGCAGUGGCGGGCACAGUCGGAGUCUGCCCAGAGCAAGAUGCUGAGUGGCAUCGGGGGCCUCGUGCUGGGGCUGAUCUUCCUGGGCCUGGGCUUUGUCGUCCGUCACAGGAGACAGAAGGGAUCUCCGGGGCCUCCUCCUGCAGGGCUCCUGCGCUGACUCAUCAGGGUCCUUUGACGGAUUGGCUGUGUUUCCUCUGAAAUGCCUGCUGGUCCUUGCCCAGAAUUCCCAGCUGCCUGUCAUCCCAUCCCCCUCUGAGUUCAGAGUCCUGCAGUGACUGAUGCAGUUUUCUGGUCAACUCCUGUGAGCCCCACCCAGAGGAUCUGUGACCCUGGAGUAUGUACCUGUGGGCUGCCAGCUGAGUUUACUCAAAGCCCUGAAGCAUGUUUUCUUUUGUGUCUGUCCACCCUCCACCAGACUGCUCAAGAGACGCACGUUAAAGCCUUUGCCUGACUGUAGAGCUUUUAUCACAAUUAAACAUGUGUGUUGUCUGGACCCUGAGCCUUCUUUUAAAAAAAAU